UGCCUUCUCCAAAAAAAAAAAAAAAAUUGAGAGAGAGAGAGAAGGGAAUAACUUCUGGCAGUUAUGUAACGAUAUUCUGUUGGGCACCUCAAUCCAACAAUGUUCAUCCUUCUAGGGUUUCCAGAAUUCCCCCCAAAAUUCAAUUAAUGCGUUUCUGAAUGCAUCUCAAAACGACGCAGUAUAAGAUCGCCAUCCUUCCAUAAAUUCGAUUCAUCCACUGCACAUAACUGGGGACUGGAGGUGGAAAGCAGAAAAGCAUAUACUCUUUUUAAGAGACUUCUCAACCAACGGGUAGUGUUACAAUGUUGGCUUCUGAAAAUAUUAUGACAUUCAAAUCUUACCAAAACCGAGCUAAUUUGUUCGUGAAGGAAUAUUUACUAGCUGACUCUCUGAUUCCGUAUACUUCUGUUGUCACUGGAAUUUUAGCUUGCAAGAUGGUUUAUGAACUUACUCAGCUUAUUGGCACUAGUUACUUUAAGAUCUAUUCCAGCUUCUCCAAAAUCCAACGUAUUGAGUGGAAUAACCGUGCUGCAUCAACUAUGCAUGCCAUUUUCAUAACAUCUAUGGCGUUGUACAUGGUGUUUUGCUCAAAUCUAUUUUCUGAUUACCAGUCUACUGAACUUAUUACUGUUCGAAGCUCUUCAUUGUCGACUUUUGCACUGGGGGUUUCUGUUGGUUACUUCAUUGCUGAUCUAGGGAUGAUAUUGUGGUUUUUUCCUUCGCUUGGUGGAUAUGAGUAUGUGAUUCAUCAUCUGUUUUCUUUAGUAGCAGUAGCAUAUUCAAUGUUGAGUGGGGAAGGACAGCUUUACACGUUCAUGGUCCUGAUCUCUGAGACAACAACUCCAGGGAUCAAUUUGAGAUGGUAUCUUGAUGUAGCUGGAAUGAAAAAAUCCAAAGCUUAUCUCAUCAAUGGGGUAGUAAUAUUCAUUUCUUGGCUGGUUGCCAGAAUACUUCUGUUCAUUUACAUGUUUUACCAUGUCUACUUGCACUUUGAUCAGGUUGAGCAGAUGCACACCUUUGGGCAGUUAUUAGUAAUUAUUGUGCCGUUGGUGCUAUCAGUUAUGAACUUGGUUUGGUUUUCAAAGAUUAUCAAAGGCUUGAGGAAGACAUUGGCAAAGAGGCAGUAAAUAAUUUGCUUAGGGAAAUUUUUUGAAGAAAAUGUAUAGGUUACCCCUACCCAUGUUGAUAUCAACCUCCCUUCCUUGCUUCCCAUGUGAGUCAGAACUUAUUGUAAAAUCUUUUCCUUUUUAAUGUUUAUAUAUAUAAUAUAUAUACACACACACGAGGUGAUUUACUUA